CUCUCCUCCAUGUACCAACACAUCCAGGUCUUCCUGUGGCUCCCCCCCAAGGCUCCCACACACACACCAGGGCCCUUGAAUGCUGUGCUGGGGUCUGUACUGGAGGAGCCAGCAUGUCCCCCAAGCCAUGCUGGCACCGGCCCCUCCUUGCUUGAGUAUGUGCUUUGCCCACAGAGGAGACCCAUCUGUACCCACCCCGCCCUGGCACUGACGGGCUGCCCCUCCCGGCAGGUGUCCCUGCAGUGCGAGCUCUCCCAGCGCUACCUGGGCGGGGCUGAGGACAACGUCACCUGCUUUGCCCAGACCGUGAGCGAGGGCGAGAAGUGGAGCCUGCAGCUGGCCCAGCACCCCAACGGGCACAUGCUGAACCCUGGCAAGCAGCGCUACAUGCGCUGCGACCAGCAGACCGGGCACAUGCGCUGCGACCGCGAUCUGCCCUGGGGGCCCGAGGCUGUCAUCACCCUCCACUUUGACCUCAAAGAGAAGAAGUACGGGCUGCGGAGCGGAGCUGGGAGCCUCCUGGCUGCCGACGGCUCGCUGCAGGCCGAGCUGUCCCCUCAGACGCUCUACUCCCUGGAGCUCCGGGGAGGCCUGCUGGCCCUGCGGGAUGCGGACGGCAGAUACCUGACUGGGCGCGAGGGCACCGUCAAGACCUUCAAGACGGACAAGCCGGGGCGCGACGAGCUCUUUGCUCUGGAGCCCAGCGCUGCACAGGUCUCACUGCGCACCUUCGCUGGGGGCCGCUUUGUCUGCUGCAGGCCAGGGGCUGACAUCUAUGCCAACGCCAUGUCUGUCGGCAACACAGAGAUUUUCCAGCUGCUGCUGAACGAUGUCACCAAACAGGCCUGCUUUCGCAGCUCCUCCGGCACCUACCUCGCUGCAGGCCCCAAGGACUCUGUGGUGAGCACCAGCACCCAGGACAAGGGGGUCUGGUUCUCACUCCAGUACCGGGAGCAGAGGGUGAUCCUGCGAAUGGCUGACGGCAGACACAUGGCCACCAGGCCGAAUGGGCAGCUGCUGCUGGUGCCCGAGGCGGCAGGCAAGGAGGAGUUCCUGCUGCUGCUGGUGAACCGGCCCCUGCUGAUUCUGCAGAGCGAGGCUGGCUUUGUGGGGCUGUUCCCCGGGACGCAGCGCCUGGAUGGAAACCGACCAGUCUAUGAUGCCAGCGCCCUGACGCUCGGCGAGGACGGCUUCUGCCACUUCAGAGUCGCCAACAAGUACUGGAGCCUGGACCAGGAGGGGCUGGUCAUGGCGAGUGGAGACCACCCCAGCAACUUCAUUCUCCAGUUCGUCUCCUCCAGCUGCCUUGUGCUGAAGGCUCCCAACAGCAAGUACCUGGUGGCGGAGGCAGGGGGCCGCCUGUGGGCAGGGGCCUCAAAUGCAGCCUCUGCCACACCCUUCCGCUACUGAGGGUCUCUAGCUCCUGAAAUAAACUUCUCUUCCGCUGUCCAAGCACUGCCAGCCUGUCACUGGGCCCCCUCCCCUCCUGCUGCACCCAGUCAUUGCCCACCUAUCGGUAUCCCUCCUGCUGCCUGGAGAGUGGGUCCAGGCUGGAGCAGCCAGUGCAGGCUGGCAUGGGCCGGGCCUGCCAUCUGGAGCUGGCUGUUGGGAGGAGAUGUGGCCCAGGGGGA